CUGUCUGUCUGUCUGUCUGUCUGUCUGUCUGUCUGUCUGUCUGUCAAACUGAAUGAAAGUGAUGACUCAGCGUUACAUGACAUAAUGUGUCUCCUAUAUCUCUUCAGGCUAAGGACAGCGAUGAUGAUGAAGAGGUGGUGCAGGUGGACCGGGACCACUUCAUGGAUGAGUUCUUCGAACAGGUGGAGGAGAUCAGAGGCUGUAUAGAAAAGCUAUCGGAGGAUGUGGAGCAGGUCAAGAAGCAGCACAGCGCCAUCCUGGCCGCCCCGAACCCGGACGAAAAGACCAAGCAGGAGUUGGAGGACCUGACAGCUGAUAUCAAGAAGACAGCCAAUAAAGUUCGCUCAAAAUUAAAAGCAAUCGAGCAGAGCAUCGAGCAGGAGGAGGGUCUCAACAGAUCAUCAGCGGACCUCAGGAUCCGCAAGACACAGGUGAGACCAGGUCCUCAGGUGUCCCUCAGGUGUCAACAGUAUUUUAACACUUCCUUUUCUUUCAGUUUGAACUUUCAUUAAAUCACAGAGCAGUAAAAUAAAGUGUUUCUAAAGUCGAUUUUAAAUAUUUCCUGAUAUUUUUGAGGUUAUUCAGUGAAGUCAUCUUCUUCUUUUUGUUUUCUUUAUUUUUAACAUUUUCUUUAUUUAAAAUUCACAAACUAAAUUAGAUCUGAUCAGCAUUCUGAUCACUGAUACAGAAGAUCAAUACUCCAGAAGAGACACACAGGAGUCCAGUAAUGAUUGAAUGAAUGAGCAUGUGCCUACUGAGCAUGUGCAGAGCAUCUCUGCAGCAGUGACCCUGCAGUGUUCUGCUCUGUCAUUGGCUGCUCCUCCUCAUCAGUCUGCUCCUGCUGCCUCCUGCUGGAGGAGAAGAGAACUGCAGCUUCUACACAUAGACACUGUAAAACAUCCAGUCAGUGUAUUUAUAUUCAUAUAUAUCCAGUGUGUAUAUAUAUAUAUAUACUAUCAUUAGACUGUUAGGACAUCUGGACAGUGGAGUACAUUUACUCAAGUACAGUUUUGAGGUACUUUACUUGAGUAUUUCCACGUCAUAGUACUUCACCUUUCCCUAAUACAGUGAAAUAUUUUAUGGUACUUUUACUGAUAACUGUCUCUCUCUCUCUCUCUCUCUGAGUGGAAGGAGUGUGGAGUUGACGGAGCGUGUUCGAGAGCGAUUAACUGAUUUUUUUCGGUAUUUUUUCGUCACUAGUUAACGUUGGAUGUGAUGGUGUAUCUCACGGUGUUUGUGUGAACAUUUAGCUGGUUUUAGGGUCUUUGUGAGUGGUUGCAGUCGAUCAGUGCGAGCUGGUCGGCGUGCUAAACGCCACCAUGGACAUGACCGACCUCACGAGGAAACACGGCAUAAAGAUCCCGCCGACUUUCCCGGUGUCAGUGGAGGAAUGCAGCCUGGCUGUGGGUGAACUUGUUGGCCACAGCAGCGUUAAGUCCGCUGCGUGAAUGAACAAUGGCGUGGUCAUCUUUCUAGACACCAUCAUACAUGUGGAAGUGGUGAUUGACAACGGGAUCGAGGUGGGCGAUAACUUCUUCCCCGUUUACCCUCUCUGCACACCGGCUGUGAAGGUAACCGUGUCCAACGUCCCACCGUUCAUCAGAGAUGAAGACAUAACCAGAGAACUAUCAAGACACGGGAGGAUAGUGUCUAAGGUGAAGGAGGUGUCCUCUGGGUGCAGGUCUCCUCUCCUGAAGCACGUGGUGUCUCACAGGAGACAGCUGCUCAUGAUCCCAAACAACAGGAGCAAGGAGCUCAACCUAGUGUUCAGGAUCAGGGUCGAGGACUUCGACUACCUCAUUUAUGCAACAACUGAUGACUUUAAAUGUUUCAGUUGUGGAAAAGUGGGUCAUCAGAGUAGAACGUGUCCUGAGAAAAACAGCUCUCAUAAGGACUAGAACCAGAAUCAGAACCAGAGAGGUACUGAGGAGGGCAGAGGGGACAAGCAAGACGGACAGGACGGGACAGAUGGGGUCCAAAAGAGCAGGGAGGAGGGGACGAGCGGGUUACAGGAGGUGAAGGAGGAGGGGACAAGUGAGACCCAGGAGGUGAGAA